AUGAUUGAGAAGGCUGCUUCUAACCAGUGGUCCCCAACAUACUGUGGAAGCAGAAUGAGCUUCGUGUGUCAAGCAGCAUGCCCGACUGGAUGGAGACUUCACGAGGGUUAUGGCGUCUGUUAUCUAUUUGCGCAACAAGACGACACCUUCGGCGAUGCCGUUGACAAGUGCGCGUGUUCUGGGGCCAGGUUGUUUCAGCCCAACAUUCCGUCCGCUCAACACUUCGUGCUGGACAUCAUGGCAACUGACGGACUGCAAUCUUCCUGGGUCUACCUCUCUGACCGGGAAACCGAAGGCACGUUUGUGUGGGGAGACGGUACUGAGUUGGUAGUGACCGCUGAGAACUGGUUCGGUGGCCACCCAAGUGUGACCAACACAGAGGACCGGGACUGCGUCAACUUUGCGAGGGGUGCGGAUUAUAAACUAAAGGUUCAGGACUGUGUGUCAGCAAGUCACCACCAUUCCGACCACAAUAACCCAACUACAACACCACCACCUGUACAUGCAGAAACUACUAGGCAAGUCACCACCAUUCCGACAACAAUAAACCCAAGUACAACACCACCACCUGUAUAUGCAGAAACUACUAGGCAAGUCACCACCAUUCCGACAACAAUAAACCCAAGUACAACACCACCACCUGUAUAUGCAGAAACUACUAGGCAAGUCACCACCAUUCCGACAACAAUAAACCCAAGUACAACACCACCACCUGUAUAUGCAGAAACUACUAGGCAAGUCACCACCAUUCCGACAACAAUAAACCCAAGUACAACACCACCACCUGUAUAUGCAGAAACUACUAGGCAAGUCACCACCAUUCCGACAACAAUAAACCCAAGUACAACACCACCACCUGUAUAUGCAGAAACUACUAGGCAAGUCACCACCAUUCCGACAACAAUAAACCCAAGUACAACACCACCACCUGUAUAUGCAGAAACUACUAGGCAAGUCACCACCAUUCCGACAACAAUAAACCCAAGUACAACACCACCACCUGUAUAUGCAGAAACUACUAGGCAAGUCACCACCAUUCCGACAACAGUAAACCCAACUACAACGCCACCACCUGUACAUGCAGAAACUACUAGGCAAGUCACCACCAUUCCGACAACAAUAAACCCAAGUACAACACCACCACCUGUAUAUGCGGAAACUACUAGGCAAGUCACCACCAUUCCGACAACAGUAAACCCAACUACAACGCCACCACCUGUAUAUGCAGAAACUACUAGGCAAGUCACCACCAUUCCGACAACAAUAAACCCAAGUACAACACCACCACCUGUAUAUGCGGAAACUACUAGGCAAGUCACCACCAUUCCGACAACAAUAAACCCAAGUACAACACCACCACCUGUAUAUGCGGAAACUACUAGGCAAGUCACCACCAUUCCGACAACAAUAAACCCAAGUACAACACCACCACCUGUACAUGCAGAAACUACUAGGCAAGUCACCACCAUUCCGACCACAGCUGCAGUAAACCCAAGUACAACGCCACCACCUGUAUAUGCGAAAACUACCAGGCAAGAUACAACCAUUCCGACCACAAGAGUCGCAACUUCAAUACAACCAGUAGAUGCGGAAACGCAAGUCACCACCAUUCGUCCUUCGCCAUUAAAAACAGGUACUACGCCUUGUGCACCAGUUAACGGAGGCUGGUCCGUAACCAUUGCUUGGUUCAGGUUCCGUUUUGGGCGUUGGGGCGUGACGGCAUGUUUUUUCCUCCGUGUCUGUAACAACCCGGCUCCGCAGUGUGGCGGAGCACCAUGUCAGGGAAGAGCAAUUUGGUAUCUCGCUAUCAUCAUCAGAUGUCCAAAUUUUAUAGUGAUCAUCAUCAUCCGUGGAGACCCACACUUCACAACCAUUGACAACAAAGACUACACCUUUAACGGCCUUGGAGAGUACACGCUGGUUAACGCACUGGAUGGGGAAUUUCUUGUCCAAGGCAGGACGAGAAAGGCGAUUGGCUCUAAUGGUUUAGAAACCAACGCCACAGUCCUCAGCGCUGUUGCUGCCAAAACGUCUAAUUCGUCUUCUGUUCAGGUUAACCAUGAAGAGGGUGAGCUUCGUCUGUAUGUUGACAACAUCUUCACACCGGAGUUUAACGACCUUGCGGCAGAGGAGUUCUUAAUCUUCACUGACGUUAUGAUCUCUAAAGGAGCCAACGGAUCUGCAGUUGUCGAGUUCACAUCAGGUGCCAGACUAGAAGUUUUUGAGAAGGCCGGGAUCCCUGCUUCGAUUAUACAUCUUCCGAAUGACUACAUGGGCCAGACGAAAGGGCUGAUGGGAGUUUGGAACGGAGACCCGGAUGAUGACUUCACCCGCCCGAAUGGAACGAUCCUCCGUACCAAUGCCACUGACGAGGAAAUAUACGACUGGGGACAGCUUUGGGAGAUUACUGAAGCCGAGAGUAUCUUCUACUACGGAGACCAAACGUACGCUGAUUUUCACGACCAGGACCCGUCCUACCGCCCCAUCUUCGCGACGAUUUUUGAUAAUCCUGAACUUGAACAAGAGGCACUGGGUGUCUGCGGUGACGACAGAGAAUGUCUGUUUGACGCCUCCGUCACCAGAAAUGUCAACAUUGGGAAAGCGACCAUGGAGGCCAAAGAGCAAAGCAUCAGGAUUAGCGAAGAACUUUUGAAUUCCCCUCCAAUCAUUGAAGGCCCCAUCAGUCUUGACGUUACUGUUGGAGAAGUCGUGACUUUCUCCUUCACUGCCACCGACCUGAAGGGCGAUCCUGUCACGGUAGCUGAGGAAACCCUUCCACCGGGAGCAGCCUUUGAGUACGGCGGCAACACGGCAACAGUCACGUGGAGCGUAGUCGAUUAUGACGGUCCGGCCAUGAGCUUCAUCGCGACCAAUUCCCGCAACCAGACCACUCUCUACAUCCCACAAGUCAACCUGUGUAAAUGUCAAAACGGCGGCAUAUGUGACUUCGGCAGUCUGGCUGCAGGGGAGGAUCCAGACGGAGAUCUGCGUGUUGUCGCUUGUCUGUGCCCAUCUCCAUAUACAGGUCAGUUCUGUGAAGACUUUGACGAGUGCGUGGCCGGCACAGACGACUGCGGAGACAACGCCGUGUGUGUGAACGAAUUUGGAGGGUAUCACUGUGAAUGUGAGCCUGGCUUCUAUCCCAAUCCUGGUGGCAAGUCGUGCCGAGACUGCCCCUAUGGAUAUAGGGCACAUAGGGAUGACUGCUACCGCUUCUAUGGCGGGAAGAACGCUCAGACCUACAGCGGUGCCAGACAGGUGUGUCAGGAGAACGGAGGGGACAUCUACAUGUGGAGGAGCGCCGCUGCUGUCGCUGCACUCAAGAGGAAACUGAAAAGCGAUCACUCCCCAAGUCUGUGGGUAGGCCUGAGUGAUGAGGACCUGGAGGGAACCUUCCUGUGGGCUGACGGUAUGGCUUUGGACGGGAACGACUUCACCGACUGGGAUUGGGACCAACCGCACAACACGGCUGAGAAGGACUGUGUCGUCGCACGUAGGGUCCACAGGUACCGCUGGAAGGUCGUGCCCUGCAGCUACAGGAGGGCCUUCAUCUGUCAAUCACCACGGGCUCCGUGAGACAGGCCUGGCCUCAACAAUACCUCUGAUAGAGAG